GGUAGCGGAGCUUGCUGCAGACAGGAGCGCUCGCGGAGCGGCCGCUCGGUGCGUCCCGUGCCCCGCACGCCCGCACCCGGCGCGGCCCGCUGCGAGCAUGGGCGCGGCGGCCGUGCGCUGGCACUUGUGCGUGCUGCUCGCUCUGGGAGCGCGCGGGCGGAUGGUGGGGGGCAGCGGGCUCCCAGGAGCCGUGGACGUGGAUGAGUGCUCAGAGGGCACAGAUGACUGUCACAUAGAUGCCAUCUGCCAGAACACACCCAAGUCUUACAAAUGUCUCUGCAAGCCCGGCUACAAGGGAGAAGGGAGGCAAUGUGAAGACAUCGACGAGUGUGAGAAUGACCACUACAAUGGCGGCUGCGUCCAUGACUGCAUCAACAUCCCCGGGAACUACAGGUGCACCUGCUUUGAUGGGUUCAUGCUGGCUCAUGAUGGACACAACUGCCUGGACGUGGAUGAGUGUCAAGACAACAACGGUGGCUGCCAGCAGAUCUGUGUCAAUGCUAUGGGCAGCUAUGAGUGCCAGUGCCACAGCGGCUUUUUCCUCAGUGACAACCAACACACCUGCAUACACCGCUCCAAUGAGGGUAUGAACUGCAUGAACAAAGACCAUGGCUGUGCCCACAUCUGCCGGGAGACGCCCAAAGGUGGGGUCGCCUGUGACUGCAGGCCCGGCUUUGACCUUGCCCCAAACCAGAAGGACUGCACACUAACCUGUAACUAUGGAAAUGGAGGCUGUCAGCACAGCUGUGAGGACACAGACACGGGCCCCAUGUGUGGUUGCCACCAGAAGUACGCGCUGCAUGCGGAUGGUCGGACGUGCAUUGAGAAGGAUGAGGCUGCAAUUGAGCGCUCUCAGUUCAAUGCCACGUCAGUAGCUGAUGUGGACAAGCGGGUGAGACGGCGGCUCCUCAUGGAGACAUGCGCAGUGAACAAUGGAGGCUGUGACCGGACGUGUAAGGACACUGCCACCGGCGUGCGGUGCAGCUGCCCAGUUGGAUUCACGCUGCAGCCGGAUGGAAAGACAUGCAAAGACAUCAACGAGUGCUUCGUGAACAAUGGAGGCUGCGACCACUUCUGCCGAAACACCGUGGGCAGCUUCGAAUGCGGCUGUCAAAAGGGCCACAAGCUGCUGACGGACGAGCGGACGUGCCAAGACAUCGACGAGUGUUCCUUCGAGCGGACCUGCGACCACAUUUGCAUCAAUUCCCCUGGCGGCUUCCAGUGUCUGUGCCACCGAGGCUACACACUCUACGGGACAACCCACUGCGGAGACAUGGAUGAGUGUAGCGUGAACAACGGCAGCUGUGAGCAGGGCUGUGUCAACACCAAGGGCAGCUACGAGUGUGUCUGCCCACCGGGGAGGAGGCUGCACUGGAACCGGAAGGACUGUGUGGAGAUGAGCGGGUGCCUGUCUCGGUCCAAGGCCUCUGCCCAGGCCCAGCUGUCCUGCGGGAAGGUGGGUGGAGUGGAGAACUGCUUCUUGUCCUGCCUGGGCCACAGUCUCUUCAUGCCAGACUCAGAAAACAGCUACAUCCUGAGCUGCGGUGUUCCGGGUCUCCAGGGCAAGACACUACCAAAACGCAAUGGCACCAGCUCUGGUGCGGGACCCAGCUGCUCAGAUGCCCCCACCACCCUCAGACAGAAGGCCCGCUUCAAGAUCCGAGAUGCCAAGUGCCAUCUCCGGCCCCGGAGCCAGGAGCGAGCAAAGGACACCCUGAGGCACCCCCUUCUGGAUAACUGCCACGUGACUUUUGUGACCCUCAAGUGUGACUCCUCCAAGAAGAGGCGCCGAGGCCGCAAGUCCCCAUCCAAGGAGGUGUCCCAUAUCACGGCAGAGUUUGAAGUGGAGCUGAAGCUGGAUGAGGCCUCCGACACCUGCGAAGCGGAUUGCCUGCGGAAGCGUGCCGAGCAGAGCCUGCAGGCCGCCAUCAAGACUCUGCGCAAGUCCAUCAGCCGGCACCAGUUCCACGUCCAGGUCUCGGGCACUGAGUACGAAGUGGCCCAACGGCCAGCCAAGACACUGGAGGGGACAGGGGCAUGCGGCAUAGGCCAGAUACUACAGGAUGGCAAGUGUGUAUCCUGUGCACCUGGCACUUACUUCAGCGGUCAGCCAGGCCAGUGUGUGCCCUGUGUGUCGGGAACCUACCAGGACAUGGAGGGCCAGCUCAGCUGCACGCCGUGCCCCAGCAGUGAAGGGCUGGGUCUGGCCGGUGCCCGCAACGUAUCCGAAUGUGGAGGCCAGUGCUCUCCAGGCUACUACUCGGCGGAUGGUUUCAAGCCUUGCCAGGCCUGCCCCGUGGGCACAUACCAGCCCGAGCCUGGGCGUACCGGCUGCUUCCCCUGUGGAGGUGGGCUGCUCACCAAGCACACGGGGACCGCCUCUUUCCAGGACUGUGAGGCCAAAGUGCACUGCUCCCCCGGCCACCACUACAACACCACCACCCACCGGUGCAUCCGCUGUCCUGUGGGCACCUAUCAACCCGAGUUUGGCCAGAACCAUUGUAUCACCUGUCCGGGCAACACCAGCACCGAUUUUGAUGGGUCCACCAACGUCACACACUGCAAAAACCAGCACUGUGGUGGCGAGCUUGGUGACUACACAGGCUAUAUCGAGUCCCCCAACUACCCUGGAGACUACCCAGCCAAUGCCGAGUGUGUGUGGCACAUCACGCCACCCCCCAAGCGCAGGAUCCUCAUCGUGGUCCCCGAGAUCUUCCUACCUAUCGAGGACGAAUGUGGCGAUGUCCUGGUCAUGAGGAAGAGCGCCUCGCCCACGUCAGUCACCACCUAUGAGACAUGCCAGACCUACGAGCGGCCCAUCGCCUUCACCUCCCGCUCCCGCAAACUCUGGAUCCAGUUCAAAUCCAACGAAGCCAACAGCGGCAGAGGGUUUCAAGUGCCCUACGUCACCUAUGAUGAGGACUACCAGCAGCUAAUCGAAGACAUCGUGCGCGAUGGGCGCUUGUACGCCUCGGAGAACCAUCAGGAGAUUUUGAAAGAUAAGAAGCUGAUCAAGGCCCUCUUUGACGUGUUGGCACACCCACAAAACUACUUCAAAUACACAGCUCAGGAAUCCAAGGAGAUGUUCCCUCGGUCCUUUAUCAAACUGCUCCGUUCCAAAGUGUCUCGAUUCCUGCGGCCCUACAAAUAGCCAGCCAGCUGUCCUGCUUAGGGAUUAGUGGGAACCAAGGAGGAGGGGGUGUGCCUUCCCUCUACAGCAGGAGCUGAAAGGAGGCACCAUGGGCCGCCAGGUGGCCUUGGGCAAAGCCAUCCGGCCUCUACCAGUCCGUGGAAGGCCUAAACCCAGCCCAGACCCCUUGGGUGGGUCUGCCACUCCUGUGUGGAAACCCUGCUUCAGAAAGCCUUCACCAAUCCUUUGCCUCUGUUUCCCAGGACACCUAGAACAUUCUCUCCUGAACCACCUCAGUGGGCCUACCUGGGCAGGACAAGCUGUACCCACCAUGUGGGGAACAGGACUGCUGUGCCCUUGGCCUGAUGUGUUGGGAGAGAGGAGCGUGGCCACUACUGCAGGCUCCGGGAAGCCUAAGCCAUUGUCACCCACAGAGGGCCAGGCCAGGACGGGUGUGUGGAGGCGCCAUCUGGGGGGGCGUUGAUAAGCUUACGCCAGUGCCUGUGGGACCGCCACACCCUGCCAACCCCUCCAGCCACAGGCACAGGACACCAAGCCAGGUCAUGGGGCUCAAGGGACUCUGUGAGAGAUGGAAAGGUCCUCCAGGAGAGGAAUCCAUGGACUUGUGCUUCGCCUUAAUAGAACGUCUAAUGAAGUUCUAUAUAUAUAUAUAUAGAUAUAAAUAUUAAAUAUAUAUACUUCUCUGUGUGGGCGGGUACUUUUGAAGGGCUCUCUUCAGCAACUGUCCUCUUAUUAACCACUGUUGCUAUUUAAUUACUGGCCUCCCCCCAGUGAUUAAAUUGCACCUCCAAGCACUUGCCACCUCUGUGUGGGGGAGGCCAAGUGCCCCUCCCCCGGCCUGGGGAGAACACAGGCAUGCUUAAAGCAUGCGGUUGAAUGUGACUUCUAGGGGGUUGGACUAGCAUUGACUUGGGGGGUGGGACGGGGGGACUUCACAAGCAACAUCACUGCCCUCAACAGAACGCAGUGGAAAGCACCCCCCCCCCCCCCCCCCCGGGUACUGGCGCUCGCUGACUCUGCACUGUGCCUGCAGGUCACCAGAAACAAGGCCUUCCUCAGGGAUUUGCAGGCUGUGCUCAGAGAGCAGCCCCAAGUCUCUACUGCUUCGGGAGGAGACAGCAAGGCCCACAGAGGGGAGGCCUCCAUGGCGGAGGCUGUUCCGAGCCUCCCUGAUGCUUCUCAGUCUCUUAAAGAGAGGAACCCCUGUGUGGCCAAGUUGCAUGGCAUCCCACAGGCUGGGGGGUCACCCCCUCACACAGAGCUCUUGCCUGUGCCUCGGACUGGUCUGUAUUUGUCAAAUUAACGGAUGUUAUAACUCGGAGGAACAUGGGGGAAAUCUCGAAACGAACUCCAAGGUUUCCUGGUCCCCGUCCCACCCUGAUGACCUAAGGGAGCUGUUUCAGAAAACGUAUGGGGCUCACCGAAGACUGAACAAGCGUGUGGGCAAGUAAGCCAGGCCUGGAGAGUCACAGCUUGAUGACAAGGUACAACAAACUCAUCUGAACUCCCUUGGAACUCAGGGACAAGUCACUGCCACCCCAACAGCCCACCAAGCAGAAGGGAUCACCAGCGGCCACCACUCUCUUGUGGAGGGCGGCAGGUGGACUCUGCACUUGGCGGUAGGACCGGGUCGGGGCUGUUGCCUUUCACAACCCUGCAGCCCCGCUGUGCCAGGGAGACACUUCCUGUCUUCCUGUUGGACCACUGGUCAUCCCCAGAGGGACCAACGUCCCCCAGCACCAACCCAGCAACACUCACCCUCUCCAGGAAAAUGAAGCGAACAAGGACGGAUGGAGACGCACACUAGGAGGGAAUGAUGGGAAACAGCUCAAGAAAUUCGGGUGCCAUCUGCAAACUGGAGAACCAGGGAAGCUGGCAGGAUUCAAACCAGAGACACCAGAAACCGGUGUGGCCAGUCUGAAGGCCUGAGCCCAGAGCACUGUGUUGGUCGUCUGUCGCAGGUCCAGUGAAUUUGCCCUCCCACCAAUUUUACUCCCCACCCCCACCAGUCUACUGAAGGACGCCACCAACUUAGGUGAGGAAGGGGCUUUCCCCUGGCGCCUGAUUCAUCCGCUAAUUGAUCUUUUCCAGAAUACCACUAUCACUGCCCCGCCGCACCAUAAGAAGCAUUUGGGGGCUCGGCCCUGCCCAGGCAAGUUGACGUAUCAAAUUAACUAACCCACUGAAGGGCUUCAGGUUUAGUUUUUAAUCUCCUCAAAAACCAGGAAACGUCGGAGUUCUCCGGUUUUCCUAAGUCCUGCCUACAACUCCUGAGGGGCUUUUGGCGGUUGCCACCCAUGUGUCCAUCAACACACCCAACACCCAACUAUUUCCUCUCUCCAGAGUGCUCACCCCCACUGUGGCCACAUCGUGUCCAGUGUCCCCUGGGGAGGAGCAGGUACGGUGCAGGCCCGGUCCCUCAUUCUCAUGCUCAAGCUCUUCCUUUUGUAGCUCUCAUCCCUGCCCCCCCAAGUAGCCCCCAAAGUCCUAGCACCUGGCAAAGGCGGGGAGGCCUGUGUCUCCCAGUUUCUGUUGGGCUUGGUCUGCACCCGAGGCAACCUGACGACCUCUAUGGAGGCGAGAGGAAAACCAAGCGGUCCCCUGGGUUCUGGGAGAUGGUCACCAUAUGAGACCUGGAAUUGGAGGCACCCCAACAGGACACCCAGAAAGCCUUCCUGACUUGUGUUCCUGGCACCUCUCAGCACUUAGCUUGGCAGGACCUACCUGAGGAAGGACAGCAACCUGGCCCGAGGGUCAGUGGUCAGCCCAGCCCUCCACUCGUGGUCGGCAACAGUGAGGCAGGUCCUCUGUCACUCAGAAAGGGCCUUUUAAUUGUCCUGGUCAUUUGUCCUGGGUCCAGAGCCUCGAGGCUGUGACUACACUACCCUUCUCACCCUGGCUCCUUCCCCAACUCUCAAGCAGCACAACCACGGAGUCCCUGUGGCCCCCAACACUUGUCACACUGGCUACUGGGGGUGACCACUGUCCCCAGCUCUGGCUCCCCCCGGUGCAGUCCAUCCUCACUUUGAGUGGUCGCAGAUACUCUGGGGCCCCAGCCCAAGAUGGAGACCUUGACCACCUUUCCCCUCUUGACAGCUUUUAGUUUGGAACACGCAGAUGAAAUAGAAGCAAAAUGCAAGCCCCAGAUCCUGGCUCAAAAGCUCUACUAGGGAGCCUGCUCACCCACCUCUGCCUUCUACAAAAGGAGGCCCCGGCUGCUCAGGCUUGGGGUGGACCCUAAACUGACAUGUAGAAGCUAAGUAUCUUCCAAAGCUUCCUCUUAUCCCACUCCCAGCUCUGGUGUGACUGGACCCCAGACAGCAAAACAAAUAAGGGCCUAAAAUGAGUUGAGCCAUUCAGUGAACAUUUACUGGGUACCUCCUGUGCGCCAGACUUCUAGAAAGACUGACUGGGGAACAACAUGAACACAACAACCUACCCAGGACAGCAGCCUUGCCCCAUGCCUGCUCAUCUGCUAUGGGACCUGGAGGACAGGAGGGCCAACGCUUUCUUCUUGCCCUGGGACUAGCCUAGAAAGUGGGACUGACCUGGCUGGCAAGCACUGUACAGCUUUGCUUCACCAAAGAUGCACAGAGCGAUAACUCAGCCCUUCUGCUCAAGCAGGCAGUGCCCAGCUGAUGCCAUUCGGACUGAGGCUGAAGGACUUGUGAGCGAAAAUGUCUGUCAAUCAUGGAAGCAGGACAAUUGGCACCUCUCCAGGGCAUGACAGUCCUGGGUGGGCUUUGUCCUACUCAACCUGUCAGAACUUUUGUCAGAGGUACCAUGUGGUGGUUGUGGGGGGGGGACCUCUUCAGGGCCCAGGUGAUGUGCCACAGCUCGUGCUCUCUCCCCCAGCACCCUGUUUAGACAGCUCCCAACAGUGAGUCUUUUGCUGGCUGUGGCCUCCCCAGCCUGCACCCAACCAUGCCAACGCAGAGGCCUGGUGGAAGUUCUGAAUGUCUGCAUUCCCACGACUCAACAGGGAGCAGCAAGGCACGGGAAAUUCACAGUCCUUCAGUCUCAGGCCAGACACUAAGCUGAACCCCCUCUGCCCGGGGGCCCCAGCCCUGGGCACUUGACUCUGAGAGACCAAGUAAAGUGCCCUAAGUGAAGAGUGAGAAGCUAGAAGAGUAAGUGUUGAUGCUGGUGACAUCUUUCUUCUUGACGCACAUUCGGAGAAAGGAUGAACUUGGCCGCUCCUGGGUAGCAGUCAGGGUCCUCACCAGUCAGACAUGAACUGUCACCACCACUACAAUGCUUGCACUGACCCAGAGGCCCUCGGCCCUACACGAGAUGUAUGUCACACUGUGCAUGUCAGCACGAACAGGGGAAGCAGCCGGGCUUUCAAACACAUCGUCAGAAACCACAAGCUUUGCCAAGGUCAGAGCCAUGUGCAGCCAGAAGCCAUCCACACUGCUCUGGAGACCGAUGCACUCCUGAGCCCCAGCCUUUGCCCCGGCCUCCAAACAUGCGCAGUCUGUCCAGGCACUGGGUAGCAGUCCUAAGGCACACAGACCAAUAUCCAUGUAACCGCAUUUGCCUUCCAGCAGCCUCAGAUAGUCAAAGCUUUUCUCUACCAUGUUUCCCCCUAUGCAUGUAAUUAAACACUUGUGGGAAUCACCUUAAUAAUAAACAGGAAAUGAGCCUAA